GGCGGGCCUGUGAGAGGAGGCAGAUCUGGGCCCAGGCCUGAGGGUCCGAUCCAGUUUUGCCCGCGGCUGGGGGCGGUCGAGGCGCCGCGGUCCGGCGGCUUGCACAGCGGCUCUCAGGGCGUCCGGCCCUCCGGGGUGUAUUUCUGGCUGCCAUGGCCGCCCUCGGCUUGCGGGCCUUCGGGACAAAGGGGCUCGGCUGGCUCCGGCGCAACCCGUGGGCCCCGCUCUCCGCCGGCUUCUGCAACAGGGGUCCCGGGCCGCGACCCACCAGCGCGCGGCAGCGGGAAGGCAUCAGGAACAUUGUCUUGAGUGAUCCAAAGAAGAGGAACGCGCUGUCAUUAGCGAUGCUGAAAUCUCUCCAAAGUGACCUUCUUCACGAAGCGGACAGCAAAGACCUCAAAGUCGUUAUCAUCUCAGCGGAGGGGCCUGUAUUUUCUUCUGGGCAUGACUUAAAGGAGCUGACGGAUGAGCAGAGCCCGGAUUAUCAUGCCGAAGUAUUUCAGACCUGUUCUGAGGUCAUGAUGCUGAUCCAGAACCACCCGGUCCCCGUCAUCGCCAUGGUGAACGGCUUGGCCACCGCCGCCGGCUGUCAGCUGGUUGCCAGCUGUGACAUUGCCGUGGCGAGCGACAAGUCCUCUUUUGCCACUCCAGGUGUGAACAUUGGGCUCUUCUGCUCCACCCCUGCGGUUGCCUUGGGGAGAACAGUGCCGAGAAAGGUUGCCUUAGAAAUGCUUUUUACUGGGGAGCCCAUUUCCGCUCAGGAGGCCUUGCUGCACGGGCUGCUCAGCAAAGUAGUGCCAGAAGAGCAGCUGGAGGAAGAGACCAUGAGAAUCGCAAAGAAGAUUGCCUCCUUGAGCCGUCCUGUGGUGUCUUUGGGCAAGGCCACCUUCUACAAGCAGCUGCCCCAGGACCUUAGAACAGCCUACUACCUCACCUCCCAGACCAUGGUGGACAACGUGGCCCUGAGGGAUGGGCAGGAGGGAAUCAAGGCCUUCAUCCAGAAGAGAAAACCCAUCUGGUCACAAGACCUGGUGAUGUUCUUUCUGACCGUUAUUUUACUCAAUAUCAUGCCUGGUUACUGUGAGAAGAGGUUCCACUUAGAAACCAUCCAUCUUUGCAGCAGGAAAGAGCUCAGUGAUAACGCAGCUGCAUUAGGGUUCUCUGAGAAUCAGAACAAGUAGGACAGUUGGACAGACAGAGAUCUUUAGAAAGAGAUGAAUCAUGAGGAACUGGCUCAUGCCCUUGUGGCAUCUGAGGGGGUCCCACUGUCUGCAGUGGGCAAACUGAAGAGCCGGCAGGCCUAGAGCUGGUGAUGAAGUUCACGGGCGGAGAGCCACGUCCGAAGGCCUGAAGCAGGAGCUUCUCAGGGCAGGAGAAGACGGACUGUCCAGGUUCCUGCAGUCACGCAGGACGUGAGAGAACCUUCCCUGCCUCCUGCUUUUUGUUCCGCUCACGCCCUCAACUGAUUGGAUGAGUUCCGCCCAUCUGGGGAGGGCAGUCCACUUUACUCAGUCUACCAAUUCACAUGCUGAGGUCUUCCCGGAACCCUCACAGCCGCCCUCCAGAAUUAAUGUUUAACCAGCUACUUGGGCAUCCUGUGGUCCAGUCGGGUGGACACAUAAAAUUAACCCUCACGG